AUAACGCCAACGCAUCAUCAUUAGAAUUGGAUUGAUUUUCUUAAUAACUGUCAUUCAUUUCAAAUAACCAAGUAACCAAUUUGUUACCAUGGUCAAUAUUAUUACUGCAACAAUGAUUGUCAAUAAAACAUUAUUAUUAAUGAUGAUCAUUAAUUUAAUGUUGACCAUUGGUGAAGCUGCUGUUGAACAAUGUCAAAAUUUUGGUGGAAGCGGUUUGGAUGUUUAUCCACGUGAAGGUCGUCUUCAUCCAGGCGAAAGUUCACAUCGGCUUCAUUGGUCAAAAGCACAAAUUAUGAAACCUGCACCAUAUUGGGAAGGAACGGUCGUUGUUUCGGGUGAUCUAAAAGAAAUGAAUCUUACACAAUUUCGAGGCAAAUAUCUUGUAUUCUUUUUCUAUCCAUUAGAUUUCACAUUUGUAUGUCCAACUGAAAUCAUCGCAUUCAGUGAUCGUAUCAAAGAAUUUAAAGCCAUUCAAACUGAAGUUAUUGCCUGUUCUGUUGAUUCACCUUAUACACAUUUAGCAUGGAUAAAAACUUCACGUAAACAAGGUGGACUUGGACAUUUAAACAUUCCAUUGUUAUCCGAUCAAACACAUCAGAUUUCCAAAGAUUAUGGUGUCUAUGUUGAAGAUUUGGGUCACAGUCUUAGAGGACUGUUUAUUAUUGAUAAAAACGGCAUAUUGCGUCAGAUCACAAUGAAUGAUCUACCAGUUGGUCGAUCAGUUGAUGAAACAUUACGUUUGGUACAGGCAUUCCAAUAUACUGAUCAACAUGGUGAAGUAUGUCCGGCAAAUUGGAAACCUGGAUCGGAAACAAUUAUUCCUGAUCCUAAAGACAAAUUAAUUUAUUUCGAAAAAUUCGAUGAUUCUAAAUCCGAACUUUGAGCUUUGUUUUUAUUUUCAAAAAAAAAAAUAUUCUUUUCAAAAUUUGCUCACUGAUCUGUUUUGUCGCAAAUAAAAUCUCAAUAAUCGAUUGGACCAUAAAUUUUUCGGGCUAAUA